CGUGGGGGCGGGAAGACGCGGCGGCGGCGGUCGCGGCGGCGCGAGCACGAUCCCAGACGCGGUAUCGCGGCGGCGGCAGCGGCGCGGCUACCCCGGGUUCGGUCCCCUCCCUCCUCCGCUCCCCCCUCCUCCCCCUCCCCUCAGCUCUGGUUCCAGAGGAGUCCGAGACGCGCGGCGAGGCGGUGACAAGCUCUGGGUGAGGGUCUCUGGAGUGUGAGCGCCGUUUCAGGGGAGAAGAGGGAGAGCCCGGGGUCGAGAAGGAGAGUCAACUCAGUAUCCAGAAAAUCCAUCCUCCCAAGAAGAAGGGACAGAAAGAAACAUCUCUUUGUAAGAAAGGCUUGAUUGUCCCAUGAACCAGACAGCAGAAAACCGAUUGGGGUGCAGCAGGACUCCAGAGCCAGAUAUAAGGCUCAGAAAAGGGCACCAACUUGAUGGUACAAGGAAAAGUGAUAAUGACAACCACCAAGGAAAUUUGGAGCCUAUUUUAGAGGCAUCUGUUCUUUCUUCGUAUCAUAAAAAAAUCUCUGAGGAACAUGAGUGCAAUGAUGAAGUUUCUCAGGAAGAUGAGGGGUUUAUGGGUAUAUCCCCUCUUUUACAAGCACAUCAUGCUAUGGAAAGAAUGGAAGAAUUUGUUUGUAAGGUAUGGGAAGGCCGAUGGCGAGUAAUCCCUCAUGAUGUACUACCAGACUGGCUCAAGGAUAACGAUUUCCUUUUACAUGGACAUCGGCCCCCAAUGCCUUCUUUCCGGGCCUGCUUUAAGAGCAUUUUCAGAAUACACACAGAGACAGGAAACAUCUGGACCCAUCUCUUGGGUUGUGUAUUCUUCCUGUGCCUGGGGAUCUUUUAUAUGUUUCGCCCAAACAUCUCCUUUGUGGCCCCUCUGCAAGAGAAGGUGGUCUUUGGAUUAUUCUUCUUGGGGGCCAUUCUCUGCCUUUCUUUUUCAUGGCUCUUCCACACAGUCUACUGCCACUCAGAAGGGGUCUCCCGGCUCUUCUCUAAACUGGAUUACUCUGGUAUUGCUCUUCUGAUUAUGGGAAGUUUUGUUCCAUGGCUUUAUUAUUCUUUCUACUGUAAUCCACAACCUUGCUUCAUCUACUUGAUUGUCAUCUGUGUGCUGGGCAUUGCGGCCAUCAUAGUUUCCCAGUGGGACAUGUUUGCUACCCCUCAGUAUCGAGGAGUAAGAGCAGGAGUGUUUUUGGGCCUUGGCCUGAGUGGAAUCAUUCCUACCUUUCACUAUGUCAUCUCAGAGGGAUUCCUGAAGGCUGCCACCAUUGGGCAGAUUGGCUGGCUGAUGCUGAUGGCCAGCCUCUAUAUCACAGGCGCUGCCCUGUAUGCUGCCCGCAUCCCUGAACGCUUCUUUCCUGGCAAGUGUGAUAUCUGGUUUCACUCUCAUCAGCUGUUUCACAUCUUUGUGGUUGCUGGCGCUUUCGUUCACUUCCACGGUGUCUCAAACCUUCAGGAGUUCCGUUUCAUGAUCGGCGGAGGCUGCAGUGAAGAAGAUGCACUGUGACACCUUCCAGAAGCCAGGGACUGUGACCCUGAACCAAGGCCUGUGGUACCUGCAGGCCUCUCUUACUGGCCAUCGAUGCCAGUGCCAGAGGAGCCCCAAAACUUUGACAGCCUCAUGGGCUUUGUGAUGCCCCUGGGGCUCCACCUGGUACAUGGCUGAGAAGAGAAAAACAAAAAUAAAUCAUACCUCAAAGGAUGGAGUGCAUCAAUUUGGAGAAAAGGAGAAAUGGCCCAGACCUUGACUUAUACUUGGGAUCUAUCAGUUGAGGGCUCUGCAAGACCCUUGGCAAACUGGCUUCUGAUCCGUGUUCAUAUUUAUUUGUAGAAGAUGGGAAAACAGUUUAGCUGGUGGUUUGUUCUCCCUUUCUCUCUCCUUAAAUCAGUAAUACAAACAAAUUUAGGUGAACAUUUGUAUCCUAUUAAAGGGUGGGAAUGUGAUUUUAGAUGCUCUUUUGGGAGAACAAAGAAAUUAAUGUAAAUAAGAUUUCUAACUUACUGUUUAAAUAAGAAUUUCUAUAAAUGUUUAAAACAUAGGGGUAGGGGAGGGAAGGGAAUUUUUGUAUAGAAUGAAACAUGCAAGUACCACACACUGUUUCAAUUUUGCACAAGGUGACUGUAGGAGGUUCAGGUGAUGGCCCCAGAAUGUAUAAUGCCUUGGUACACCAAGGUGCCUUCUAAAGGCUGACAUACCUUGGACCCUGGGGGGCAGAAAGUACAGCCCUAACCCAGUGAUCACAUGACCACUCUCAUGUCUGAGAGCUUUUGAGAGUCCUGUGGUAGAGGGAAGCUGUAUGUGUUUUCUCAGUGGAAGCAGCACGUGAGGCUAACAGGAUGUGUUAGAUAAAGGCUCUAGUUAAGGUAUCAUUUGAGAGACUGACUGGUUGUGCUGAUAGUGACCCCUUCUAAAAAGUAGAGCCAUCUACUUGGGAAAAUCAGUUAUGUCAGCAAAGGGGUAGUGGAGACAGUAGGAGUAGCUCUGGAAAUGUCCUGAUCUGAUUACUUCCUGGCAUCCUAUUCAAUUUUGUGGUGAUUUUUAUCUGAUUGAAGGGAUGUGAGUUUUCCAUUUCCUUGCUAUAGAGCUCUGGAAUGCCCUAGAAAUUUCCUUCUGUUAAAGUCACUGCCCUAACUACCUUUCUUCCUCCUGGGAAUGUAAAUGGACCUUUCCCUGGCAUCACAGUUUCUGGCAUGGAGCCAGCUACAAAAGAGAUUCUGACUUGUCCAGGUGCCUCCUGAGCUCAUUUACAUAGGUUGGAGAAUGCUUCCUUUAGAUCAGGAAAGAUGAAUUUCACCUCUAGCAUCGCUUAGUAAGCCUAGUUUGUGAUACACAUAUCAGCUGUCCUUCGAACAAGAAGGCCAGUGGAACUCUUAUAAAAGCAAAGUCCAGUACCCACCAUGGGGUUUUCAGUAUUCUCUGAACCCCAGUUUUGGGGGAUAGCAUGAUGGGAAGUUUUAAAAGAAAGUUGUUUGUUACUGCCAGGGAAUCUGGUACAGUCCUUAAGCUGUAUCUUUAAAGAGCUGCCAGGAAUAGAAAAAUGAGUUUUCGUGCCCCAGAGGUACCCUCAGGGAGAGUGGUAGGGGAAGGUUCUGGUUCAUAGAACCCUGAGCUUGGCUCAUAGGCAAACCACCGAAAUAGCACUUGAGUCUUAGGUUACUUGCUAUCAUCCAAGACUCCAGGUGAUUGAGUUACACCCUGGGGAUUGUGGGCUUUAGAGGGAAACGUUGAGGCCCUGAGCACAGGGACUGGCACCAAAUAGGUGCUUGGGAAUAUGGGGAGGGCCUCCUUUUCAGUAAUGAGUUUCCUUGGUCAUUAUUCUCCUUUCUCUCCCCUUCCAAUCUCCAGCAAAAGGUGGGAACCAGGAAAAGGACUCCACUGGUAGAACUUGGAAGGAACUUGAGUGUUUUGGUUCUGAAUAAGGUAACUGCCCUGGGUGCUAGGGGACCCAGCAAAAGACUGAGUGGGUGACAAGACUGGUGCAGUGCCUGACAACGUAAAGAACAGUAUUACUCCCUUUGAGGGAACAGCCCAGCAGGUCAGUGGCCAUCGGGAAGAAAGCUCACUUAGUCUCAUGGAAGCAACAGCACAAAUCAGAAGCCAGACUUGCUCUUCGGUCAUGCACUUUGGGAUACAGGGUGUAAGAUGCAGCCCUGUAACAACACCAACAGAAGUAGCAGUUUCCGGGCCCAGUCACCCCACACCCCAAAGGAGGAGCUGAAUCUGGUUCAAUAUAGCACAAACUGUUAGGAAAAAUGAAAUUAACAUCAAUGAUGCGUAAUCCAGUAAAAAUCUCCCUCUUUAGGGUGUGUGUGCGCGCGUGUGUGGGUGUGUGCGCCCAUUUAUAUGUGUGUGUCUAUGUGCAACUCACUACCAGUAGCCUCACUGUGCACUUGGUCUUCACAGUGCUUGCUGAGAACUCUCACCAGGUUGGCGCCUGACUGCCUUACUCUCAGCAUCAGAGGCUUGCUUGCUCUGUGCAGAUUUUUAAUUUUCUUUGUUGGCCCUAGGCUGGUUAGGACCUCUACAGCUUCAUUCACCAUUAAAUAGUGGCCUUUUUCAGUAUUUUCCCCUUCCCCCUUUAUAAAUUGCUGAAGCCACAAAGCACAUUUUUGGGGAUCAUAGAAGGUUGGGGUUCCAGAGAGGCCUCUGUGUGAUGGUUCCAUUCAUCAUGGGAUUUCCCUUACUUGCUGUAUUCUCAACUUCUAAUAAAAAGAACCAAAUGGAAUAUGAA